UAACGUGCGGCCAGAAUCAGUUGCUCGACCAGCGUUCACUCAGACGCCCAACACCGCCAUCACAGUCCCUUGAUUUUCUCCCGUUCGAUUUUUCACGUGUUGACCAUUUCGUUCGCUUAUUCAAACGUCGACAAGACAAAAAUGUCCCGCUGGAGUUGCCGCUGCCCUUUCCUCUUGUUGAUUGUCGCCUCGUUCAUUUUAGUGAAUCAGCCGCAACCGACCGACGCGGCCGCCAUUCCAAUUUGGGAGCUGCUCAAACACGAAGAAAAGAUGGGCCGGUUAUUUUACGUUUUCGUUCACCUAGUGGAACAGUACUGCAAGACUUCUGACAUCCCCGAUUGCCCCAAGGUUUUGACGCUGUACGGCAUGUCGAAUCUGGUCAGCGAAAGCGAACACUCGCUCGACUUGAUGGAUCCUUACCAACGCGACGCCAAAACCAUCGUGUGGGAGAAGAUUAUGCGCGGCGAAUUCAAAUUGCCGACCAAAUUGACCAAUGGGAAACCCGUCAAGACUCCGCCGAAAUCGUCCGCUGCUCUCGGCAACGACGUCUACUCAUCGCCGUACGAAAUCCGCGUCCGCCCGCCACCGACGUUCGUCGCUCCGCCGGCUACUCCAUCCGCUGACAGCAACCAGCAGUCGGAGCCAAACGAACCUUCAUCGAUUAAUUUAGAUGAAGAUUCUUCUUCUUCUAAAAUGACAAUCAUCCGUUUCGGUCGUUCACUACCCAAAACGACGAAUGGAAAUGAACCGUUGCCGCUUCUCUCUGAACAGGACGCCGAGAUGUUGAGUCGGUUGGUUGUCUAAAUCGUUAUAUUCCGGUUCCAAUCAUUGUAAAAUAAUUAUUUUUUUCUAAAUAUUUGCUUGAAAAAAACUAAUUAUAGCAAAAAACAACAACAUUCUACGUUACUUUGGUUGAUGAGUAUCGUGGCAAAUGAUGUUGACAUUGGUAUCUAGUCAAAUCUGUUUGAAUUUUUGUUUUGUUACUUUUGUUUCUUCUUUAAUUAUCAAUUGUUUGGAAUUGCAUUGUGAACAUUCCAGCCGUGUUUAUUUUUACAUAGACCUUGGACUUCCUGUAACAUUUCAUAUCAAUCCACUCCAGAGGCUUUUCAUAAUUAUGUGUCCCCUAUACAUAAUAACAGGCUAUUACUCGUGUAUGUUAACGAGACAUUUUCAUAUUCGACGUUAUUUUUGCACUUUCAUUCUUCUGUCCUUCACUAUUUGCCCUCCAUCAAAGAAAUUGUUGAUCCACCGGAUGGUCAUGAAUUCCUGUAAAUAAAAUCAGAUGAAAGACUUGUAA